GCGCUUCGGAUCGCACUCAGCUCCGCUCCGCGCCUCUCCGGACUGCCGUGACCACUGGCCUGGAGAUCGAGCGGCGAGGACGGACCAAGCUCUAGGUUGGCCGCCCCGCUCUACCUCGAACCCUCCCCCCUCCUCCCGUCCCCUGGCUGCCCUGGCUGCCCGUGUACCCUCCAUCCGCAGGGUCGGUCCGCAGCCUCCGGUGCGCCUGCGCUCUCUCUCCUUACCGGCUCCGGAGCUUCCCCGCCGCCACCCAUCAUGGCCCGUGACCCUGCUCAGACCAGCACAGGGCCGGGGUCCCAACUGCUGCCGCUGCUGCCAUUGCUUCUGCUGCUGCUCAGGGACGGGAGCGGCAGCCACACGGCUCCCGCCCGGUACGCCCGGCACAUGGCCACCGAUGGCCUGGCCAGGGACAAGGACCCCCGGCGGUUCCUGGGGGACACGGCUGCCGCUCUGGGUCCUGGCGCCGAGGAUAUGGUCGCUGUCCACAUGCUUCGGCUUUAUGAGAAAUACAGCCGAAGGGGCGCACGUCCCGGAGGGGGCAACACGGUCCGCAGCUUUAGGCCCCGGUUGGAAGUGGUCAACCAGAAGACCCUGUAUUUCUUCAACUUGACUUCCAUGCAGGACUCGGAAAUGAUCCUCACGGCUACAUUCCACUUCUAUUCAGAGCCCCGGUGGCCCCAGGCUCAUGAGGUGCCAUGCAAGCAGAGGGCCAAGAAUGCGUCCUGCCGCCUGCUGUCCCUAGGUCUGCCCACACGCCAGCACCUGCUCUUCCGCAGCCUCUCACAGAACACGGCCACACAGGGGCUGUUCCGGGGGGCCAUGGCCCUGGUACCCCCACCACGGGCCCUGUGGCAGACCAAGGACAUCUCCCCUAUAGUCAAGGCUGCCCGCCAGGAUGGUGAAUUGCUUCUCUCUGCUCAGCUGGAUUCUGGGGAGAAGGACCCUGGGGUGCCUAGGCCCAGCCCCCAUGUACCCUACAUUCUCAUCUAUGCCAAUGACCUGGCCAUCUCAGAGCCCAAUAGUGUAGCAGUGACUCUGCAGAGAUAUGACCCCUUUCAGGCUGGAGACCGGGAACCUGGUGCAGCCCCCAAUAGCUCUACAGAUCCCCGAGUCCGGCGGGCCACGCAGGCAACCGGGCCUCUCCAGGACAAUGAACUGCCAGGUCUGGAUGAGAUGCCAGCACAAACCCCCCGUGCCCAGCACUACCACAAGCACGAACUGUGGCCCAGCCCCUUCCGGACACUGAAGCCCCGGCCAGGGCGCAAAGACCGCAGAAAAAAGGGCCAGGAUGUGUUCGUGGCUUCAACCCAGGUGCUGCACUUUGAUGAAAAGACAAUGCAGAAAGCCCGAAGGAAGCAGUGGGAUGAGCCACGGGUCUGCUCCCGGAGGUACCUGAAGGUGGACUUUGCAGACAUUGGGUGGAAUGAAUGGAUCAUCUCACCCAAAUCCUUCGAUGCCUACUACUGUGCAGGAGCGUGUGAGUUUCCUAUGCCCAAGAUCGUGCGCCCAUCCAAUCACGCCACCAUCCAGAGCAUUGUCAGGGCCGUGGGCAUCGUCCCAGGCAUCCCAGAGCCCUGCUGUGUUCCCGACAAGAUGAACUCUCUUGGGGUCCUCUUCCUGGAUGAGAAUCGGAAUGUGGUUUUGAAGGUGUACCCCAACAUGUCUGUGGAGACUUGUGCUUGCCGGUAAGACCAGUGCUCCAGGGUGGAAGGAAAUCACCGCAUGCCCUGCACGGUAGUGUCCCUGGAGCCCUGGAGUGAGCUUGACUAGGGGUGCAGCUGCAAAGGCAGGACAGAGCUCACAGGCAACCUUGCUGCAUCACAGAAGGAUCUGUCCCCUAGGACAUCAUUCUGGGGUUUUUAUUGCUGGUGACUGAGCCCUUAAAAUUCCAGCCUGAACCCCCUGAAGGAAACUGAGAAUCAGCCCUGGCUUGAAGGCUGCCCAUCCCCUCUGCCCUGUAGGCCUGCAAACUGAAUGUGUCCACACCGUUGGCUUUUGUGGUCAUCAUCUGAUAACCUUCAAAGAAGACUACACACCCGAGGACACUUGCUUCUUUCACGUGGAAAUAACCUCAUUUAAACAAUCACUUUAAGACACUUUGGGCCACACAAUACUGGGAAACAGGGCCUAAAUAAUGGUAAAAAUGGAUUUUUUUUUCAAACUCCACUGCAAAAGCUUUUAUACAUACAGUGUGCACAUAUAACCAAUUUUGGCUUCUUUUCUUAAUGUAUAUUUUAUUUUAAAACAAAAGCAGGGGAGUUGUAAUUGUUCCCCAAAGAAGUAAUCAUGCUGGUUAAGAGUGCAUUGUUUAAACACGCUUAUUGAAA